AUCGCCAUCGCCACCUCUGGAGGGGAAACGGCUCUCCGCAAUCUCGCAGCUGGUCCUACCGCAGCUCGAUUUACGUCACCGCCCCACUGUGGCAGCGGUUCAAAGGGACAACGGCUCCAAAGGGCAGCGGAAACGCCACCAUUUUUUUUUUGGCUCGUUCACAUAAAUACAUGCUGUAUACCCCUGCCCCCUUUCUUUCUCCACAUUCUAUUCUCCUCUCAUCCUCUCCGCGCGUCGUGUCGCCCCAACUCAACCUCUGAUCGCCCCAUUUUAUACUCUCUCCAUAGAACCACUCAGCUCCUCCACGAAAUGAAGGAUAACAUCAAUUUUUACCGCCAGGGGGACCCCUACGGCGAGUUUUCCAACUUUUAUUACGCGCCAAUUGUCCUUGAUGGACAGGAAUGGCCCACCACGGAGCACUACUUUCAAGCCCAAAAGUUUGCUCAUCUCCCUGACCGCGAGUAUGUGGAGAUAAUCCGAGUGGCAGACACCCCUGGCAAUGCCGCCCAGAUGGGCAGGAACAGAUCCUGGCCACUGAGACCAGAUUGGGAGGAGGUCAAGGACGAUAUCAUGAGGGCCUGUGUGCUGCAAAAGUUUCUGCAGCAUCCUAACCUGACCAAAGUUCUUCUCGACACUGGAGAGCAGUAUCUCAAUGAACAUACGAAGAAUGAUCGUUACUGGGCAGACGGUGGCGAUGGAAAGGGCAAAAAUAUGCUGGGUAUUGUUCUGAUGGAAGUCCGGGAAAAGAUCACCAAGAUGAGCCCGGAGCAGAUCGAAGAAGAGGUCGCGCGCGCGCGCCGUUUGGGUGCGAACUAACUGGCGACGCUGUUUCCCAUCCAUUCCCUUUUUUGAGGAUCAAAAAAAAUAAAGUGAAACUAAACGAACUAAACGUUAUUUACGUGUGUGGUAGUCGUGCGAAGAAUGCGGAGAAUCGUCUGCAGGUCGGUUCAUAUCAUACCAUCUCAUCUCAUCCCAUCCCAUCCCACCAUCUCAUCCAUCUAAUGUCAAC